AGACAGCACAAGCUCUGUUGCAAAAGGUCAGCUAUACCUUUCCUCCUGUGUCUGGCCAAGUUCCUUCUCCACAGCUGGGUCAGCUUUACUUCAAAGGGAGGAGGACUUUGCUGCCCAUGCACAGGUCUCUGGAGACAGAUGGAGGCUGUGGGUUACUUGCUAUGCAGGAUCUGGCUGCUUUUCUUGCUGUUCUGGCUGGGACAAGGAAGGCAGAUGGCUCCCCCAGGUUUUGUAGAAAGCAGUUGCCACUCCAGGAUUUUUUGGAUGAAACUGAAUAAACUCUUGCUCCAGGGAAAGUUCUUCCAGCUGGAAAUAAAUGAUCCUUAUGCUGGCCCUGUUCUGCUGGAUGAGAAACUAGCAUCUCGCUGUGGCUAUGUCCUGUCAGAAGACGUGUGGGGCAACCCCGUCUUCCGUGCAUCAGUGCUUGGCUGUCAUGUGGUCAACGAGGCAGAUGAGCUGUUUUCACUGACUGUGAACAUCAAGGUCUCCUCAUUUUCCAGCAUGAGGGCAGCUGUGACCUACACCUACCCUAUGUACUGCUCCUAUUCUUCCUGGGCUUCAAGAGAAAUUGUGUGUGAAGAAAACUACAUGGAGGUGUCAGUGAAGACUGAUGUUCCUGCAGUUUCAAAUGACUACACCGUAGCAUGGAUGUCAGCACUGCCAGAGACUCAAAAUGUUGCAUACCAGCUAUGGCAACUGAUGUUUGUUUCUCCAUCAGGGAGAAAGAGAAUAACGGUAAGCGAUGCAACAAAACUGGGCUACAGCUUCAAUAAUACGCUGUCCCGAGUGUACCUCCGUGCACCGUAUCACAGCAACGAGUCUGACAUCAGCGUGGUCAGUGGUGUAAAUAUGAACAUGGUCACUUCUACUUCCAUGUACAGGCAGCGGUGGCUGCUUUUGCUGAUCGACACGACUGUCUCCUGUCCUGUUGAUGGCAUCAGUUUCACUGAUACUACGCUAACAUGGACCGUGCCAAGUGUUAUCCCCACAUUAGUGGUUCAAGAAUCUACCUUUCUGUCUAAAAACAUUUUAAUGGGAGUUGAUGAUCGAGUCGUAGUAAGUCCGGAGGAGAAGAACUACUUACUGGAGCACAAUGAGACACACAUCAGAGUAACUGUCCCUAUUGGAGCAGAAGGAGGCAAGCUAAAGAGCUCCAUAUCUGGUGGUGUAUAUGGGGUCAUUUACAGCAUUGACUUGUUUUUGGAGCACACGUGGACAGAUGCAGAUUGGCAAACCACAAAGUAUACUGUCAUCAAAUCCAUCACCACACCUUUCAUGCCACAAAUACCAACUGUUACCAACAAUACUCUGCCAGAGGAAAGGCUAUUUAAUGUUGCAUUUGGACACUUUCUUCCCGAUGUCUCUCUGGUGGCAAUCGCAAUAGGAAAUGUGCCAUUUACCCUGAGGGAAGCACAGCACCACGGGUUUAAGAUUUAUGAAACUCUCUUUCCUAAUAGAACGAAAGGAUUUAUCCUGGAAGUCUCUUUUGAUGAUCCGUAUGUCCUAAAGGAGUAUGUGAAUAGAAAUGAAACAAAAUAUACCCUCCUUAUUAACUACACUAUGAGCGUGGGUCCGGAGAUGACACUUUAUUAUCAUUCGGCAGAGGUGGAGUGUGUGGUUGCUGAUAUCGAACUACCAGAAGCAGUUGGUUACUGUGAUGAAGAAAACCUGUAUCUAGCCAUCCCUACUUUUGGCUUGCACCAGUAUUGGAACCUGUAUCUUGGCAACAAGCUCCUGAAUCGGCAUGUUGCGCUUACCAAUGGGUAUCUUGCAGCUACCAAUUCUACACACCUGAUCUUGCAAAUACCUCUGUUUGCUGUGGGAGUUAUCUAUGAGGAAGUGUCCUUUCAGAAAAUUAAAGCAAGGUUUGAUGUUUCUCUAAGGAAAGUGAGAACUAUGGAGACCUUAGAGAUGUUCUCUGUUAGGUGCAGUUUUCAUUCUUCAGCAUUUAUAAUAUGCCACCCAGAUGGUACCAUAACGAUAUCUGCCCAAAUGAAGACAGUUCCUGCCAUUGAUAUGAGUAAAACCAAACUAAGGGAUAGCUCUUGCAAGCCUAGAGAGUAUAAUGAAGGACAUGCCUUCUUCAAGUUCCACGUCACUACCUGUGGUACUUCAGUAAGGUUUGAAGGUGAUCACAUUAUUUAUGAAAAUGAAAUCUCUUAUGAGAAAGAGACUCUUCCAGGACAGAGCAUACCGAUAAUCACAAGAGAUCCAGACUACAGACUAACAGUCUUGUGCUACUAUCGAGCAAAAGAGACCGUAGUGCUAGGUGCCUUUGCUAGUGAUCCAUCCACAUCACCUCCCUUUGGCUCCGGUACGAUGGUACCAAGAUCAAAUACUGCAGAUGAAUCUUUCAUGGAAUUCUACAAGCCUAACAUGGCAAUACUCAAGCGACCUGUGGAGCCUGUGUUUCUUGAGGUGGAGCUGAAAGACGAGAGCCCCGACACUGAGUUAUACCUGGAAAACUGCUGGGUAACCAGGUCUUUGGACUUCAACAGCACCCCGAGAUGGAACAUCACCGUGGAUGGGUGUGAGAUUAACGGCAGCGAGUAUGUUGCAAAGUUCUGUCCAGUAGCUGUUAGCCCCAGGGUGAGACACCCUUCUCAUUUUAAAAGGCUAGCAGUAAGGACCCUGGCGCAUCGACCGGAACAGGUCUAA